GUGCAGUAACAUAAUUUGGCCACCCACUAAUAGUGGCGCUCGAACAUCCGUUUACUCUUCAGUUUUCGACAGAAGAAGAAUCUCGGAACAUGACGUCAGAAACCCAGACCGGGGAAAGUCCGGUGAUGCUAACAGGCUAGAUUUUAAAUAAUGGAAUGAUCCAUUCAAGAUGGGGCAGACUAUGUGCAUCUGCUCCCGUGGCUCCAUCACCAUUGAUAGCAAAAAAUACUACUUCUUGCAGAAACUUGACGAGGGUGGUUUCAGUUACGUGGACCUUGUUGAAGGAGUGAAGGAUGGUCGCUUCUAUGCCCUGAAGAGGAUCCUGUGUCACGAUCGAGAAGGCCGCCAGGAGGCCCAGACGGAGGUGGAGAUGCACCAGAUGUUCAAUCACCCCAAUAUACUCGGCCUCGUGGCGCACACCUUUGUCGAGCGCAACGGAAAGAGCGAAGCCUGGCUGCUUCUGCCUUACAUAAGAAAAGGCAGUCUGUGGUCGGUUCUGGAGAAGCUUCAAGAAAAGGGGAGCGCCAUGCCUGAAAAGCAGAUUUUGAAAAUCUUUCGGGGGAUCUGUUCUGGUCUCAAGGCCAUCCAUGACAAAGGUUACGCGCACCGGUGUGAUGAAGCUACCGUUAAAGUCUCUCAAACCAACACACAGAACCAACACAGAAGAACCCGAGAUUUGGGAGGCUCCGAUCUUAAACCUACAAAUGUGCUUCUGAACGAGGACGACAGCCCCGUCCUGAUGGACUUGGGCUCGAUGAACAGAGCGCGUGUCGAGGUCCGGGGAUCCAGAGAAGCAAUGACUCUGCAGGACUGGGCUGCCCAGCGAUGCACCAUUUCCUACCGGGCCCCUGAGCUCUUCAAUGUGGAGAGCUACUGUGUUAUUGAUGAGCGCACAGAUAUCUGGUCACUCGGCUGCGUGUUAUACUCCAUGAUGGUGCUGGAGGGGCCCUAUGACCUCGUCUUUCAGAGAGGCGACAGUGUCGCCCUGGCAGUUCAGAAUCCCGUGGUCCUUCCCCAACCCUGCAGCUACUCGGAGGGGCUGCAGUUGCUGCUGGGCUCCAUCAUGGUGUCCAACCCCCAGGAGAGACCCGACAUCAGCUGGGUCCUCGAGCAGGUACAGGACCUGCAGAGUUGCAGCCCAAAUACUCAAACCAAUAUGGUCUGAAAGGACUUUGGCACACGGGGAUGAAGGUCUCCUCUUUGAACCUCCGAAAUAGAAAUCCUUAAUUUAUUGACCGGUGUAAAGAUUAAAACACGGAUGCGCGUUUCGAAUUUAGUCUGGGAAGUUGCGCGACACUUGACUUCUUGAAUGAUUUGCAGCUCCGCACACAAAUCGUGAGGUCCAGAUAAGCUUAGAAUCUCCCUUCGAAAAACUGUUCUUAUGUGCCUUACGUGCCCAAAACUGGUAGUCUAAAGCUGGAGCCAGUUGUUUCCACAAAUGAUUGGAACGUGUUUGCAGGCACCCAAAAACGCAAGAAUAAUCUAUAUUUCUGUUAUUGAUCAUGUCGUGCUUCGGUUAAAUCCUCGCAUAAUAAUCAUCUGAUGAACAAACUUUCCGACAGGACCUACUCUUCCUAAAAAUCCAUCUUAUGAAUUCUGUUUUAUAUGAUGGAUGAAAAAUGAUUUGUAAUACCCUCUUACGUUCGUCAAGUGGAUGAAAAUAGACAUUCCGUGCCAAAGGGAAGAUGUUAAUUUAUACAUAAUUGCCACCUUUUUUAAAUUGUGUUAUUAUUGGUUAGUACUACUAGCCUUUCAUAGUUUUGUUAUGCGUAAAAUGUUUCACGUGUACUAUAAUAAGUCCAUGCAGUUGGGGUCAGAUCCAUAAAAUUUGAUCAACUGCGGUGAAGACAUUUCCAAUUAGCAAUGUUUUAUUAAUAGCUUCUUUUUUUUAUGGGUAAAUGUCUCCCAUGCCCAAACAACCAUGCUUAAAAUAAAAAAAGUUAUUGAUAGUUUAACAUUUUAGGCAUUAGUAGGAAAGGCCAUUCAUAUAAACAGCAAAUGGUGGUCACCCACAAAAAUACAAUUAAAAUUAAACGGUGAGGAAAUAAACAUCUUUAGAAAAAUGGAGUGCAAAACACCUUUAUAAAAAAUUGAGUGAGUUGGAGGAUUUACGUGUUGGCCUUCAAGCUCUGUACAUUUUAUUUUUAUUUCAUAGUCGGUCUUUCCUAUUGCGUGAAUGCAAAAUGGAUGCCUCACCCUGGCACUUUGGCUCACAGAUCCCUCUGAUGUAUUGCAACAAACUAGGGAGCCUCUCUCCAGUGGCGUUAACAGUCAAGAAGGGUUGAGUGGCAAAAAAAAAGGCUGUUUUUCAAAGAUUCCCCCCCCACCCCAAAAAAAAAAAAACAAUAAAAUGCAAUUAUUUUUCAUGGGAAAGGCGUAUUAAGGAUGAGGAGAAAAAUCUUAUAUUUACAAAAAAUGUAACUGGCAUAUUCAUAAAACACGCAGCAAAUCAUGAGUGUCUAACAUUCAAGGAAUUUUUGCAUUAAAAGUUUGUCCUUAGAAACCCCUAACACCAUUUGAUGGAUACCCGCUACCGAUAAUUGGUAAAAUUGAUUAUUUUCAAAAGGAAAUUCAGAGGGAUAUGUAUUUAUCGUGGGUGCCACGGUGGGGCAGCUGCUAAAGCGUUGGCCUCACAGUUCUGAGGUCCAGGGUUCCAUCCCAUACCCGCGUGUGUGGAGUUUGCAUGUUCUCCCCGUGCCUGCGUGGGUUUCCCCCGGGUGGGCACUCCGGUUUCCUCCCACAUUCCCAAAACAUACAACAAUAAUUGGACAUUCUAAAUUGCCCCGAGGUGUGAUUGUGAGUGCGACUGUUUGUCUCCAUGUGCCCUGCAAUUGGCUGGCAACCAGUUGAAGGUGUCCCCCGCCUCCUGCCCCUUGACAGCUGGGAUAGGCUCCAGCACUCCCAGCGACCCUCGUGAGGAUAGGCAGCAAAGAAAAUGGAUGGAUGUGUUUACCGUUACUGAUCAAAUUAUAUGAAAAUGACCCAUAUGAUAAACGGUUCUUACUAAAGUGAACUUUUUACAAUGGCAUUAAAGUAGCAGCUCCUUGUUGCAAUGCCACUUGUAACCAGACGAUGGCGCUGCAUCAUCACCGGCAAGUUACUAUUCCACAUACAGUACUGCGUCACAAACUCCACUCAAAAGUGAUUGUUUGAGACGUUUUACGUUUAAUCUAUUUACUGUAUUCUCCACUACAGUUAAAAAAAAAAAUCAAAGCAAGAUCACCCCCGCAACUGUGCUCAUAUUAAAUGUUGCUUUGCAUACAUGUGUGACUUUUAUACACUUUAGUUCCCUCUGGGCUCGCCCUCAAAGGGUCUCUUAAUUUACUUUCUAGACUCAAAUGGUACAUCUUGAAAAAAAAAUGCGGAUUAUGUACAUUAUGUUUUGGAUUAUUUCCAGUGACAACCUGAUUUUAUCUGUAAAUGAAAACAAUUCAUUAUUUCAAUGAUAUUUCGUUUUCUGGGUCACAAAGUGUUUGAAAUUGUGUGUUUGAUAUUCAAGUAAUGAUAAACAUGAUUUGUUUGUGAAAAAUUAUGACAUUUUAUCAGUUUUUUGGUUCACAGAAAAAAACGUCAUAAAUUACUAUCCUACUGUUUGAUGUAAAAUUGUGAUUUACACAUUUUCAGUGAUAUAAAUACUUAUCAAUUUUGUUAUUUUAAAUGCCAUUUGUAAGUUUAAUGACUUUAGGAAUAUUAGAAAUACAUUUUUAGGAUGAUCCCAUCAAAUACUUGUAUCAAAAACACAGCUUCGCCCUCAAAUGACAUCCAAUACGUGAUUUGAAACUGAAAAAAAAGGAAAAGUUAUUAUAAAUAAACAUUUGCUGAAAACGAUCUCAUGAAACACAAGAUUUGCUUUAUUUUAUUUUAUUUUUUAUAUGGGGGGGGUCCAACUGCAUUAUUUUAAAAACCUAAUGAAUCGGACCUCCGGAAAUAUGAUGGUGCCCCAAAGUAAUAAUGGGGGAAAAAAAGUUGAUACACAAUCUUUUUGAGCCGUUUACAUAAAUUUUGACCUACUUGUCAUGAGGCAAAUCCAACUUUGUCAGGCUUGAAGGGAGCCUUCUCCAGACUGCAUGGUUUGGCUGCUUUCAUAGUGCUCAAUAGGGUUCAGAUCAGGGCUCUUUACUGUAGAAUACAAGUAUAAGACAAUGUUCAAUAGCGAGGUCAGCCCAUCCAAAACUUGCCUUACUUAGCCCAACCUAUAAAUUCCUCCUCAAAUUUGUUCUGAAAUAGAAUAUUUUCUUUUCUUUUUUUUAUCAGAAAAAAACAUGUUCUUAUAACACAAUGUUUUCCAUUGAUUAACAAGGAAAGCUCAUAAAAAUCGGUUGAUAAAUGAGCAACGUGUGACUUAAUUUCAAUGAGCUUGCAAUGCCAUUUAAAGGAACAUCGACCUUCCCAACAUGGCCGCCUCAUAGGCAUGAUAGUUAAUUGGGCUUGCACAAAUGCACUGGCGUUUCGGCAUCAUAUCUAUGGCCAGCUACACUACAUACAUUCUAUCUGUGUUAACGCUAAUUGUAGGUAGUAUUUGAUUUAUAACCCUGACACAAUAUGUGAAAUGACAUUUGACCACGCGGCGAAACUUCAAUUUCUCCUCUUGAAUUGCUCCGUCAUGCGUCGGCACUGACUCGGUAGGGGCUUCGAACGGGACGUACUGCGUAGCUAUAAACUAAUAUUCUAAUUAGGUAUUUGUUUUUUUUUGUUUGUGUGAUUGUUUUUUUUUUUUUUUAAGAGUAUGAAGCAGAAAAAAAAUGCAACGCAAAAACUCACUCUUACAAGAACAUUUUAUUUCUAGUCAAAAAAAAUUAAAAUUAGAUGCAUUAUGUAAAAAAAAUAAUGUUUGGAAAAAAUGGCAAUGGUGUAUUACAAAACAAUACUCCCCUGACAAACUUUUUCUCUUCUUAUUUCUAGUAAUAAAAAAAACUGUUUGAAAAAGUGAAAUUUGUCUAAAAAUUAAAGUCUGUGUUUUGAAUAUAUUCCGCU